GUGGUCUCAGUCGUGCCAAAGUUUCCGGACCAUCUCGCUUCAGUAAACAUUGAAAACCGCUUCCACAAAUCUGCUGCUGCAGGAGUCGCGCCACGAGGUCACCUGUGCUGCUGCUGCUGCUGUUGCACACUCUCUAGUUAUUUGCCGUGGCUUUAAAAAAAAAAAAAAAAAAAAUGGGCGGAUUGGUGUCCACCGUGUCACUGUGUGUGUCACACGCGGGCGCGCACAGGUGAACUAGUCGGACAGGUUUGAACCGGAAUCCUUUUUGCUCCUUUAUUUCUGGAAGGCAAUGUUAUCAUGAAGAUAGUCGCACCUGUCGCGCUCCUACACCUGUGUUUACUUGCGGCAGCAACAGUUUCGGGUGAUGACUCCACCGAAACUUCGCUGACAGCUUCACCGGGCGACGUCGCUCUACUUCCGUGUUACACCGUCGGUAACGUAACACCGUCCUUGACGACAUGGAUGAAAAAUGGACGAGAAGUCAUUAGAGGAGGAGGAGGAGGAGAAGGAGGAGGAGAAGGAGGCGGCGGCGGUGCCUCCGGGAGCUCCUCUCCCACCGGGGAGCGCCUGGUCGUGCUGUAUGAUGGGAGCCUGAACAUUAGGGGAGUGAUACCUGGAGACGAGGGCAGCUACCUGUGCAUCUCCACGCUGCCGAGUAACAUCAUCUUCCGGGCUCUGAUGCAGCUUCAAGUGGUCGAUGGACCAGAAGAUUUGUCCACGUCCGUGAGCCCAGCCACCGCCCUGUCCAACGGGACACUCUACGUCCGGCGGGGCUCGUCCGUCUCCUUUAACUGCUCCGCCUCGUCCUACCCGUCCCAGCGGCUGACCUGGGCCUUCAGCGGAGCUGGGUCCAGCAACGACGCGCUGGUUUCCCGCUCUGGGUCCUGGCUGUUUUUCAGGAUAGACGACAUUCAGCCCGGUCACCAAGGCGUUUACAGCUGCAGCGCCCAAAACAAUGUCUCUCAGAAGACGGUCAAUCAGAGCACCCAGCUGCUGGUGUACUAUGUCCCAGACGGACACCCUGACUGCAUGUGGGGGUCUUCGCGGGACCCGUCCCAGUUCAUCUGCUCCUGGCCCGGAGCGUAUCCCACCCCGGAGCUGCGCUGGAGUGAGGACGACGCCUUCACGGUGACGGACGACCUGUCGGUGGCGCUGAACCGCUCCCUGCUGUCCGACGGGCAGACCGUCAAGUGCUCGGCCCGGCACCCGCUGCUCCCGCCGGGGGAAGAGAAGUCGUGCUCGGUCGUCCUCAAGCGUCCUUACCCCGAUGGCGAGCCCAUGGUCUCGGCUCUGGAGGCCACCACGGUGACCCUCAGCUGCACCGAGACCACGUCCAUCCCCCCCGCGAACACCACGUGGAGAAAGGGUCUGCAGCAGGACGCCAUCGUCCCCGGGUCCAAGUACGUCCUCUCGGAGGACGGCCCCGUCCUCCGGCUGACCAUCGUCAACGCCACCAGGGAGGACGAGGGCUACUACUUCUGCCGCAGCGAGAACCUGCUGGGCGUGUGCGAGCUGGAGGUCUUCCUCACCGUGAAGAACUCCUCCGCCUUCACGGGAGCCAUCAUCGGCGUCUUCAUCGCCGUGCUGAUCGUGGGAUCGGCCGUGGUCGUGGCCAAAGUGGUUUACUCCAGCCGACAUCACAUAUGCCUGGGUGAUGGCAGCGGCUUUGGACAAAUGGAGGACAGAGGAGACGUCCUGAGUCUGGUGGAGUCGGACGACGAACAGUUCUUUCAGGACACCGUCCCCCAGCUGCCUCCGCUCCCCAACGGACGUCAGACCACGCUCGUCCAGAUACACCGGAUCCCGUCCAGUGAUCACAAGGAUGUAGAAGCUGCUGACAUGAGCCCACAGCAGCAGGAAGACACGGCACAGACAGAAGAGCCCGAGGAUCUUGUAACAAUUCUUCACAUAGCGAAGGCGCUUCAUCCCACGGACACAGUGUCACAGUGUCACAGUGUCAGUGUCAGUCCACGGCCCUCGGUUAAAUGGACGCCAGCGGUGGAAGUGGGUCGACCAACUCAGGAAGUCAGGCGUGAAAAAAGCGAAGAAUGCGACGAUGUGCUCCACGAAGAACAACCCGGAGGAGCUGCAGCCGCCGUGGCAGCGGUCACUGCGGGUAACGGAGGAGAGCGAGGUCAGCCGUCAGGGAUGAAUCCGUCAAGCGCUGACUUCGUCCCGUGUUUCCAUCCUCCCGCAGCCUCCGACCCGGCUCUGUUCCUGGAGCUGAAGACCCGGCGGCCCCCGUCCCUCCUGGAGCGGGCCGGGUGCGAGACGUGGAGCGUGGACUUCUCCCCGGACGGAGCCUGGUUCGCCUGGUCGAUGGGACACGGCGUCGUGUGGGUGGUCGCCUGGCCUCUGGACUCCGAAGACGGUCAGAACGGGGACACCGACCGAGGAGAUAAGAGCUUCAGCUGCGAUCACCCCUUGUGGGGACUCGCCUUCGGGCCCAGACCCCCGAAAUCAGCUGCGGCGUCUCGUCCGGCGAAGAGAAACUCAAAAGAGAGCAGCAGCCUCCUCCUGGCCACAGGUCUGGAGAACGGGGUCAUCAAAAUCUGGAACGUGUUUACAGGCGAUGCUGUGUUCGAUCUCCACGGCCACGAGGGCGUCGUCAGGAACCUGGUCUUCCCUCAGAACGGGACGCUCACGCUCAUAUCGUCCUCCCGGGACAAGACUCUGAGAAUAUGGGACCUGGCUCACAAAGGUAAAAAGGUGCAGGUUCUCUCCGGCCACAAAGACUGGAUCAGCUGCUGCUGCGUCUCGUCCGACUGCAGCAUGAUCGCUUCCAUUGGCAGGUUUGACAGAAUGGUUUGUCUGUGGAGUCUGCGCUCGUACACGUUCAUCAGGAACCUGAGCGGAGGGACCCAUAAGACCCUGUACCUCCUGUCGUCCUGCGACUUCUCUCCGGACGGAGCGGUGCUCGCCACCGCCGCCUACAGCGGCUCCAGCUGGUGGAUCGACCUCUGGGACCCGUACACGGCCGAGAAGCUGGUCACGCUGGUCGACUACUUUGAUGACUACGGGCAAAGCCAAAUAUCAUCAAUCCAGUUCUCUCCCAGUGGUUUACACCUGGCCAUCGUGACGGACGACAGAGCUCUUAGGAUCUGGGAGCCUGGAGAGAGAGGGAUGGUGAUGCAGACGAAGAAGGACCAGGAGUCUAACGGACUCUGCUGCAACUACCAUCCACAAGGGGGCGUAGUGGCCACAGGGACCAGGGACGGCCACGUGAGGUUCUGGAGGUCCCCCAUGACGGUCCCCAGCCUGAGCCACCUGUGCCGGUCCAUCCUGCGCCACUCGGUGUCCACGCACCAGAUCGAGGCGCUGCCGCUCCCCAAGAGGAUCCACGAGUACCUCACCUACAGGAACAUCCCGAAAUGCCUGAAGACCUGCUGCUCCUCCUCCGAAGACGACGACGAAGUCGACGACGAGUGGGAAAGUCUGAACUCUUAGUGGAAAUAUUUAGUUUAGACGCAACAUUCCUACAAUAAGGAUCCCAUUUAUUGCACUGCUGCUGUAGAACGACGCAUAAACUAUGUUCACACGUGACUUGAAUUUCACCGUUUUUUCUACCGUUAUUAAUUUAUUCUGUAAAUAUCAAAUGUAUUUUAUGCAUUUAUUAUAAUCACUAUGAAAACUGCACAUACCACCACUGUUACUACCACUACUACUGUAUCUACACGUUGUUUAUAUAAGAGAACUGGACUUAUUAUAGGAAAGAAAAUAGUUUUAUUAAACACAUGAAAACACA